AUGGGCGGACAGAAACUCUUCGAAGCCAACCCGCCUCCGGAUCCCUCGCAGCUUCCGGACGCACUCCUCGAUUUCAGAGUCCAGCUAAACACCAAGAACGUUCUCUCGGAGGACGAACUGCGCAACAUUCGUGCGUUCCGCGAUGCCGCAGACUACAUCGCAGCCGCUAUGAUUUUCCUCAAAGAGAAUACUCUCAUCGAGCGCGAGAUACGCGCAGAUGACAUCAAAGCCCGCCUCCUUGGACACUGGGGAACCUGUCCAGGUCUCACCCUCGUCUACGCCCACGCGAACCGUCUCAUCCGCCAGACCAAGCAGGACAUGCUCUACAUCGUCGGUCCAGGACACGGUGCCCCCGCUUUGCUCGCGUCCCUCUGGCUCGAGGGUUCCCUCGGCACCUUUUGGCCUGACUACGCCAGGAACAAGGCUGGUCUCGCGAAGCUCAUCUCUGGCUUCAGCUUUCCAGGAGGCUUCCCGAGCCACAUCAACGCUGAAACUCCAGGGUCCAUCCACGAAGGUGGCGAAUUGGGCUACGCACUUGCCGUAUCAUUCGGUGCCGUAAUGGAUAAGCCUGACCUUAUCGCCCUUUGCGUUGUCGGCGAUGGCGAGGCAGAGACCGGUCCGACUGCGACGUUGACACGCAGCGCCUGGCAUGGGUACAAGUACAUUGACCCGGCAGAAUCCGGCGCGGUACUCCCGAUUGUACAUGUCAACGGCUUCAAGAUUUCCGAGCGGACGAUCUACGGUUGUAUGGACGACAAGGAGCUUACUGCUCUCUUCAUCGGUUACGGAUACCAACCUCGCAUUGUGGAGGAUCUCGAGAACAUUGACCAGGACCUCGCUGCCUCCAUGGAGUGGGCAAUCAGUGAGAUUCACAAGAUACAAAAAGCUGCAAGGAGUGGCAAUCCGAUUGUCAAACCGCGCUGGCCAGUGCUCAUCCUCCGCACACCUAAGGGCUGGGGUGGACCAAAGAAGGUUCACGGAGAACUCGUCGAGGGUUCUUUCCAUGCCCACCAAGUACCUUUGCCGGAGGCGAAGAAGGACGCGGGAGAGCGUGCUCAGCUUCAAGAGUGGCUGUCGUCAUAUAACCCCCACAAGCUCUUGCCCAACGGCGAGCCCAACGAGGAGAUUCUGCAGAUCAUUCCUGAAGAAGACCAUCUCAAGCUUGGGCAGAGGAAAGAGUCUUAUGCUAGCUAUGAACCAUUGGACGUGCCGAACUGGCUCGAAAGUGGCGUUACAGUCCAAAAGGGAACGGAGGCGAGUUGCAUGAAGACUAUCGGAGAAUAUCUCCAUGAAGUUGUCAAGAGGAAUCCGUCCACUUUCCGUAUUUUUUCUCCAGAUGAGCUCGUAUCGAACAAGCUCGACGCCGUCCUCCGGGAUAGCGGCCGAAACUUUCAAUGGGAUGUCGCAUCGCGCGCACAAGGUGGCCGGGUUAUCGAGAUCUUGUCCGAGCACACCUGCCAGGGCAUGCUCCAGGGUUACACACUUACCGGUCGUACCGGGCUUUUCCCAUCGUACGAAGCUUUCCUCGGGAUCGUGCACACCAUGAUGGUGCAGUACAGCAAGUUUGUCAAGAUGGCACACGAGACGACGUGGCGCCAGCCAUGUGGUUCCCUCAACUACGUCGAGACCUCGACCUGGACUCGGCAAGAACACAACGGUUUCUCGCAUCAGAACCCAUCGUUCAUAGGCGCUGUACUUAACCUCAAGCCCGCUCUCGCACGUGUCUACUUCCCGCCCGAUGCCAAUUGCUUCUUGAGCACGGUUGCGCAUUGCUUGCGCGCGAAAGAUUACAUCAACCUCAUGGUCGGCAGCAAGCAACCUACGCCUGUCUGGCUGAGCCCCGAGGAGGCUGAUAAGCACUGCAUUGCUGGUGCUUCCAUCUGGAAGUUCGCUUCUGUCGACGAAGGUGUUACCCCUGACGUUGUGAUUGUCGGCAUCGGUGUGGAGGUCACUUUUGAAGUCAUCGCUGCGGUUGUGUUGCUGCGCAAGCUUGUGCCUGAGCUGCGCGUGCGUGUAGUGAACGUAACGGACCUGAUGAUUCUCGGUCCCGCCAGAUCGCACCCGCAUUCGCUGAACGACGUAGACUGGGACAACCUCCUCACGAAGGAUCGCCCGAUCCACUUCAACUACCACGGCUACCCACAAGAGCUGCGCGGCCUCAUCUUCGGCCGACCGAACCUCGGUGACCGCGUCUCCAUUGAGGGUUACCGUGAGGAGGGUACCACGACGAGCGCGCUCGACAUGAUGCUUCAGAACCACACGAGUCGGUAUCACGUCGCGGAGGCGGCUGUCCGGGGCGCGUCGCGCUUCAACGAGCGGAUCCAGGUGCGCAGCCACGAGCUCAUCAGCGAACUCAGGCACCUGGCCGAGAAGGACAAAGAGUACAUCUACCAGACCGGUGCCGGUGAGCUUCACACUCCUCAACCCGUCGUAUGCGACAACUGA